CCUGCCGAUUGUAAACAGACGUGAUGUGUCGUUGAUGUGGGAAUCAAUACAUCAUAGUUUUUGAUAGACAAAGAAUAUGAGUAGUUCGAAGUGAAAAACUCAAGAAAAAUGAAGCGCAGCAAUCGAAGUGAGUCUGAUAGUCAAAUUGUUGUCAAGGACUCAACUCCACUAAUCAAGACAAAGUCUCAGGAUAUUCAAGAUGGGUCAUCUGUGGUCAGCUGGUGGAGAGAACUGCGGCCGUACAGCAUGUACGUGCUGCUCACCCUCCUACUGGCCUACCUGCUCAACCAGCUUGACCGGUACAUGCUGGCCAUCACCAUCAUGCCCAUGGCCCAGGAAAUCAAAUUUGGAGACCAGGGUUGCAUGAAGAAUGAGUCCAGCCAUGAUAAAAGUAGCAAUGUAACUUGUGGGGCUGUGACUGAAAGCAGCUGCCUGGCGAUACACAGCUCAAAUGGGACGUCAUUAUGCAAGUGGGACUACAAUGGUCAAGGCUGGGCAUAUCAGAUCCUGGCCGGUCCUGUCUUCAUACUUAUCUACACCUUUGCUGGUAUAUUUAUUGGGUUCGCUGCUGACCACUACAACAGAAAGCUGAUGUUGGCCUUUUGUCUGAUAUUCUGGUCGGCCAUGACUCUGUUGACUGGUUUAGUGAAGGAGUAUUGGCAGCUGGUGAUACUGAGGUUUCUGUUGGGAUUGGGUGAAGCGGGAUGUACCCCAUUUGCUGCCUCCCUGAUUGCGGACUAUUUCACCCAAGCUAUGCGAGGCACUGCCAUGGGAAUAUACAACUUUGGCAUCUACUUUGGUUAUGGCUUGUCUUACGCUGUGGGGAACUUUAUCACAGUGGCAAACAUUAAUGGACAGGGCUGGCGCUGGGCCUUCAUACUGCCUGGAAUUCCAGGGAUAGCUAUUGGCAUUCUGAUAGCACUGACGGUCAAGGAGCCAGACAGAGCCAGUAAAGUGAGCAGUGAGAAAGAUCUGGAAGAUUCCGUCACCACCCCGGCUGCUAGGGAAGCCACACCCCCACUGAAAGAGAGGCUGAUAAAAGUCCUGCGUGCUUUCAUCAGUCCGUCACUUCUGCUGUUGUGUCUAGCUGGCUCUAUCCGCAAUGCAGGUGGCUAUGUGUGGGCCUACAACACCCAGCCCUACUUUGAUGCCACCAACGUCUCCAAGGAAACCGUGGGCUCCUACAUGUCCUGGAUCCCCCUGGCUGGAGGCAGCCUGGGCGUGUUGUUUGGUGGCUUCAUCUCAGACAGAGUGGUCAAGAACCGCGGCCUGUAUGCCAGGAUUGUUGUCUUGGUGGCCAGUCAGCUGGUCGCCGCCCCUUUUGCAGCAGGUGCUUUGUUCCUUGAUGUUCCCUAUGCCUUUAUUAGUUUGAUCCCUGCCAAUGUUCUUGGUGAAAUGUGGGUCGGCGUGACACUGGCCGUGGCCGUGGAGCUGGUGCCCAGCCAGGUGCGCACGUCUGCUGUGGCCGUGUACCUGUUCAUCAUAACCAACAUUGGCGGGAACAUCCCACUGCUGGUGCCCCCAAUCACUAAGUCAUUUGAAAACAGCGGCUUCACUAAAGCUCAGUCUCUCAGAGGAGCGCUGUAUAUCUUGUACCCUGGAUUAUUUCUCCUGGGGGGAUUUUUGUUUCUGCUGACCAUGUUUGUUGUGAAGAGGGACCAAAGGCGUGCACAGAUGGAAGUGGUCACUAUGGAGGACCCGUGAACAUAAUCAGUUGGCUUGAUUGUUAUCAUCUAAUUAACUUUAUUAGUGGUUUGGUUGUUAUCAAGUCUAAUUAACUUAAUCAGUGGUUUGGUUGUUAUCAAGUCUAAUUAACUUCAUCAGUGGUUUGGUUAUUAUCAAGUUUAGACAUAGAGUACAAACCAUAACAUAUCUAGUGCCGUUGAAAUACUUUAUUUAACAAUUAAAACGCCCCACUACUAGUCAUAACAAAUAUCCUUUAAAUAGGUUAGAACUCAAGGCAUAUAGUAUAAUACAAACACAUCCUUCUUAUUGAAAUAGUUUUAAAAAUCCAACCAUCAUUUAUUAGUGUUUUCAAAUAUUUUAACAAUUAAUUCAAAGCAUGAACCAUAACAAAUUUUGGCAUUUUGAAAUAUUUUAACAAUUAAUUCAAAGCAUGAACCAUAACAAAUUUUGGCAUUUUGAAAUAUUUUAACAAUUAAUUCAAAGCAUGAACCAUAACAAAUUUUGGCGUUUUGAAAUAUUUUAACAAUUAAGUCAUAGCACAUGUCAUGACAGGUCUUUGUGUUAUUGAAAUUAUUUUACUAUCAUGAGAAACAGUACAAAAACAAUGUUUAUGUCAGUGAAACAGUUUAUUGGUUGAUAUUCUAGCAUAAUCCAUUUAAAAAAUGUACUAAUUCAUUUUUCACAUUCAAGCACAAACUAUAAGAAAUCUCUUGAUCAUUUGAAUAGCUUUCAGAUGGGUACACAUGAAGACCUAUGAAGAAAUCUGUAAUCUUUGUUUGUAUAUAUCUCUCUAAUUCCUGGCAUACUUACUGCUCAAUACAUAUCUCUGUUAUUAUGUAUAUUUGUUUGUAACCCUACGCUACCCUUGAAUAUUGUUAUAGGUUUUUUCUGUAUACCAAUGUCUCUAAAUGCCACAAAAAUAAAAAAUAAAACUGAAUGUUAGAUAACUCGUUGUAAACUGUAAGCUAAUUAAACUAAUUAAAGAUAAUUAACUUGCUCAUGUCAACCCUAAUACAAAUCCCACAAGUUUUAAGCCUAGCCCUAACACUAAACUUAGUAAUACAAUAAACCUUACAACUAAACACAUUGUUUUGAAAAAGUUGAUUUAGUUGAGAGAUUUAGUUUCUUGUCAAACUCUUUAACAAAGUAUACCACACAAACAACUAAAACAAUCUCUGUUAUGUACUUAGCUUGUUACCUUAAUUAUUGAGGGAUUUACCCAUAACUUAAAGCAAGCAGUAGAUCAUGACGAGCCCUUAAAACAUAAGGAGUUUACCAUUAUCGACCUAGCUUGUAAUAUAACUUAUGGCUAGUGAAAAUGUACUAAUAUUAGCGGAUCAAAAAACAAAAUUAAAAACGUAUAAAGUAUGUGCAGUUAAAAAAUAUGAGAUAGCAAAACAGAAACAAGAUAAAAUUUACAAACUGCAACAUACUUUUAAACCUGUUGCUCCAAACCUUUUGUCUCCUCCCUCAUCUCCCCCCCCCCUCCACAAAAACACAUGAUGAAUUUUUACUAGCAUAGAACAUCUACACAUAAAAUUUGUUCUCAAGUAGUCUUCUCAUAUCUAAAUUCAACAUCUGCUAUGUGAGACUUCUAAAUAAUUCUCAUGCUCUUAUUUUAAAGUUGUGCUUAUGCCAACAGUUCAGACAUUAAGCAAUUUAUAAUAGUACUCCGUAACAUCGAAAUUUUUCAUCACUUUGUAUUUAUCUUGUUUUCAUGUUAGAAAAAAAUCAAACUAAAUUUUUAUUCCUAUUUCAAACUUCUUAAAAUUAUUUUUUAAACUGUGAUAUUAUUUGUGUUCUUUUUGUUUCCAUUUUUCUUCCAAUUUAAAGUUUGUAUUUUUCAAUUUGUGGUCAUUGCAUGAAAUAUGAUCAAACACUAUUUUUUCUUCUUAAAAAUGUGUUUCACUUAGUUAUUUUUAGAAUUAUUAAUUUAGUUAACAGUCAAUGAGUUGUGCAUAAAAUACACCACUAAUGUUAUUAAGAUAUUUAACAUAAAAGUCCAUUUUGUUAAGAAUAUAUUUACAGUAAAUACCAAUUAUGCUACAAAAAAAAUUAUAACUAAACAUUUUAUGAAAGCAAUUUUUUUAGUAAAUCAUUUAAUAAGACAAAGAAAUGUAUAGCCAAACGCAAUAAAUCCUAUAAAGAUAUUUAGUAUAACAAUUUAUGUUUCAUAUAAGUAAACCCAGUUAAUUUUAUAAAGAUAUUUGUAGUAAAACACUGUUUAUAUUAUGAAAAUAAAUGCCUUAAUAGUAAAACCUGUUAUGAAGACUUUCCCAAAACUUACAUGUCACUAUUUAUAUUCCAAGGUGCAUUGUUAAAAAUCUUAAUUAAUUUGCUCUUACUUAACUUUCUGUGUUAAUUUAUGUUUAAAAAAAUGGUUUGGUUUUUUAUUAAAAAUCAUUUUUGUCCUUUCCUAUUAGCCAUAUUGUACUUCCUAUUAUUGAAAUGCAGCUAUCAACAAAAUUCUAACCUGAAACCUAAUUGUACAUCUAACCCUGAGAGCUGAGCUAAAAAAAAAUCUUUUGUUUCCUUUGUAUAGCUGGAUGUAAACAUAUAAAAUGCUAUUUAUUUGCUUUAAUAACAUGCCAGCAGGCAAUAAAACUGAAGUUUACCUUUAUAGACCUAGCAUGCAAUCUAGGGUAUGGCAGCUGAAGACGUACCAAUACUGUAUUCAUUUUUCUGUGAUUGUUAUUUAGCCUCAAUACUUAAUAUGUUAUUGGAACAAAUAGUUUCUUUAUUUGUAAAAGUUAGCAAUUUAUUUUUUAAUAGUUAUGCCAUUUUAAAGAUAAUCUCACUUAAAAAGUAAUAGAAAUGUUUUCUGUUUAAAUACUUCAAAUAACCAUGCAAGAUUUUUUAUUGAGCCAUAACUUGACUUCUUUUGUAAAUAUAUUGUUAUCAGAUGUUCUUCUUUGUUGACAUCCGGUAUUUAGUCUCUCUCUUAAAUCUGUCAGCUUUUAUGUAUGUUAAUACAAUGACUACUGUAUUUUAAUUGUAAUAUGUACAUUUUCUAAUUUUUAAUACUACCUGAUAACAGGUAUUUUUUGUAACUAUUUGGUCUCAUUUUUCAUACAGGGUAUUUUUUUUUUUAAAACCUUACAAAAUUGCUAUUGGUUCCAAACUAAAUACAGAGAUAUCUUUUUAAGGGUUGUCCAUAAAUGACGUCACACUUGUAGGGGGGAGUGGGGGUCCUUAAUUUUGUGACAAUGUGUGAUGAGGGGGAGGGGGGGGGGGGGGUCAGAUGUUGUGCCGUCACACUUUUGCAUUAUAAAAAAAGUAAUUUUAGAAAACGAGUUUUAGCCGUUAUUUUGCGUUUUAGAAAACAUUGUUAUAGGAAUUGAUCAAAAUACUCUGUUUGACAGAGUUCUGACACAAUUUUGGAAAAAUAUCGUUGUUUUAAGAAAAAUUCAACUGCAAUUUUUAGGGGGGUAGUAAGCUGAGGUGUGAUGUCACUUUAGGGGGGGGUCUGGCUUUUUGUGAUGAUGUGUGACGCAAGGGAGGGGGGGGGGGAGGUAAAAAUCAUCAAAAAAGCGUGACGUCAUAUAUGGAUGACCCCUUAUUGAACUGGAAACCUCAAGCAAAUAUUCUAGUAAAUUGAAGUAUUUUGGUGGUUUGGUUUGCAAUAUCUUUUUUUCUUGAGUCUAGGUCUGUCAGUUCUUCUACUUUUGAGCCAUGUCCUUCAGUUUUUAUCUGAAGAAAUCUAAAUUCUCUAUUUAUAGUUGUUGACUUAGAUAUAAUUUUCAAGCUUUUAUUUCUUGCUUACGUAUUUAUCUUACACUUGGUUAAAGGCUGGGCUAUUUCAAUCUUUCCAUUUUUUUUGUAAGUUAUUUUAACUUUUGUAACAAUAGACAUUUGACCAGAUUUUUAUUUUGGCCAAAUAGGUGUGGUUUUUGCCAGCUGGUAUCAUUGUAUUGACAUUGUAGUACUUUACUAUGUUCAAUGUAAUGUUUAUCUUGUUUCCUUUUUUUGUUUCCUGUAAUAUGUUACAUCUGUUCAAUUAUUUCAACUACUAUUAAAGUAGCUACUCAAUACUGGCAUUAAUAGUUUAAAUUGAUACCAAUGUAUUUCACUUACUUUGAUCAAACCGGCUUUCAAUUUAGCAUAUUUUAUAAACUCUUUCAUAUUGAAAUAAUUAAUUUAAUCAACACUGUAGUAUAAUAGUAAUGGCAUCACAGCUGUGUAAUGAAUAAAUGCAGCUCUUCCUUUAAAAUUUUAAAUCCUGCUACUGAGAAAAGCCUAACACCUAGAAUCAAACAUGGGUUGUAAUUAAAGGUUAUUACAUUUUAAGUCGUCAGUACUAAAGUAUAACAUUCAAUGUAGCCUCAAGAUAUUCUUAGAAGAAAAUUUUUAUAAACAUUGCUGUCUGCUUUGAUGAUUUUUACCUACCCACACUCAUAGAUCAUCAC